AUGCUUCGUCGCCUGAUUCUCCGGCGAGCUUCCGCCGCCGCCGCGGAAUCGAAGCUCGGUCGUCAACUUUACGGAUUCGAUCAGCGGAGAGAGAUACACAGCAGGAACAAGAAGGCAAUGGAGUACGUAGCCAAAGGAUGGAGUGCGAUUAAGGAAGUGGACAGAGUCAUCGAUUACUGCGAACUCAAUGAUCGACGCCUUAUCCCUCUCCUCAGGGGAGCUAAGGAGAACUUUGAACUUGCUCUAGAAGCUGAUGCUUUGAACACUCAUGCUAGAUACUGGCUUUCUAAGUUGCACUUGAAGUACCAUGUUCCUGGUGCGUGUAAAGCUGUUGGAGCUGCUUUGCUUGUGGAAGCUGCAGACAUGGGUAAUGCAGAUGCUCAGUAUGAGCUAGGGUGUCGUCUAAGAGUCGAGAAUGAUCAUGUCCAGUCGGAUCAACAAGCGUUUCACUAUAUAGAGAAUGCUGUUGAUCAGCUGCAUCCAGGUGCGCUCUACCUUUUAGGAAUAGUGUAUCUGACAGGUGACUGCGUGAAGCAAGACGUGGAUUCAGCCAUAUGGUGUUUCCACAGGGCUUCAGAAAAGGGACAUGCCGGUGCUGCAAUUGCGUAUGGAUCUCUUUUACUUAGAGGUGUGCAAGUUCCAGAAUCUCUAACAAAAUUGAAUACUGUGGGAGUUUCGCCGGCCAAGAGAUCAAGAACGAAGCAGGAGAUGGAUCCAUUAGAGAUGGCAAAAGAGCAGUUCCAAAUCGCUGCAAGAGCAGGAUGCGAUCUGGGGCUGAAAUGGCUACAAAGGUUGGAGCAGGAAGAGAAACUUGUCGAGAGCGAACAAGAUAAAGAAUGUGCCUAUGUUUGA